AUGGGCGCCGUUCUGGGCCUUUGUUCCGCAGCACAGUUGGCGUGCUGCUGCGGAAGUGCUGCAUGCUCCCUAUGCUGUUCAGCAUGUCCAUCAUGUGCCAACUCUACAUCAACACGGCUUAUGUAUACACUUAUGCUGUUACUGAUGACCGUGGUUGCCUGUAUUACACUUGCUCCUGGCUUACACAAUGUGAUGAAAAAGGUACCAUUUUGUGAAAAUUCCACAGGGUUAAUUCCGGGUAACAUUAAAUUUGACUGUGACCAAGCAGUAGGUUACUUAGCAGUUUAUAGGAUUUGUUUUGCUACAUGUCUGUUCUUUGUGUUAAUGGCACUUUUAACCAUAGGGGUCAGAUCAUCUAAAGAUCCUCGAGCUGGAAUACAAAAUGGUUUCUGGGGCAUAAAAUACCUUGUUGUGAUUGGCGGAGUUAUCGGUGCAUUUUUCAUACCAGAAGGCCAGUUUGCAUCAACAUGGAUGGUUUUUGGAAUGAUUGGAGGAUUCUGUUUCAUUAUAAUUCAACUCAUACUUAUUAUUGACUUUGCUCAUUCUUGGGCGGAGAGAUGGGUUUCAAAUUAUGAAGAAUCACAGUCUCGUGGCUGGUAUGCAGCAUUGCUUCUCGGCAUGCUGACCUGUUAUGCACUUGCUAUUACUGGAAUUACACUGCUCUUUAUUUUCUACACCAAGCCUGAUGGGUGUGACCUAUCAAAGUUCUUCAUUUCAUUCAAUCUCAUCCUGGUUGUAAUUGCAAGUGCUAUAUCAAUUCUACCAUCUGUCCAAGAACAUCAACCCCGUUCUGGUCUACUUCAGUCGUCAGUAGUAUCUCUUUAUGUUAUGUAUCUGACCUGGUCGGCUCUGUCCAACUCGGCAGGAGAAUGCAAUGCUAGUAUCUCCAAAACUAAUGAGACAUCAUUCGACAAGGAAUCCAUCAUUGGCUUGAUUAUAUGGGUGUGCAGCGUCCUCUACUCGUGUGUCAGAACAGCCUCCUCAUCUUCCAAGAUCACCAUGUCUGAACAUAUUUUGGCCAAAACCGGAGAAGGAAAUGGAGGUCUUAUUGAUAACGAAGAGGGCGAUGGAGGCGAGGCCGGGCAGAGCGAGGAGACCAAGGUCUUCGAUAAUGAAGCAGAGAGCACCGCUUAUUCCUGGAGCUUCUUCCACGUUGUCUUUGCGAUGGCGACGCUGUACGUGAUGAUGACACUGACUAACUGGUAUAAUCCAAGCUCCCAACUAUCUAAGGAGAACGUGGCGUCAAUGUGGAUCAAGAUCACCUCGUCGUGGCUGUGUGUAGGCCUCUACGUGUGGACCCUGGUCGCACCCGCCAUCUUCCCCGAUAGAGACUUCAAUUAA